ACAGAAGCACUGAAUUCCAUUAUUAAACACCUUCAAAAGAAGCAAAAUAUCUGUCAAGGUGAUGAAAUGUUCAAAAUGAAUGACUUAAGUUGGGCACUUACAUGAACCACCGUCAUGCAACAGUAUGGCAAGUUCUGCCCUCCAGUCUGCGAUAAAAAGAUGGCCUACCACAAAGUGAACGCCGAGCAGAGAGCACAAGGGCACUCUCCGUACCUUGACAACGACGACCUCCAGGCCACGGCGCUGGACUUGGAAUGGGACAUGGAGAAGGAACUGGAGGAGCCCGGCUUUGAUCACUUCUGCCUGGAUGGUGCAGCCCAGCCUCCGCUGGGGAACUCGCAGAGCCCUGACCUUGAUCUCGAGCCCAUUCAGCCAUCCGCGUCUCCUAAAGGGAGAUUCCAGCGACUUCAGGAAGAUCCAGACUACAUCUCACAUUACGCAAGACAGGCACCAAAGAGCAACCACUGCAGUUUUAGUCAGAUAUUUAAAAUACUUUGCACUGUUUUGAUUUUAUUUAUUUUGGGGAUUUUGAUAGGCUAUUACGCACACAAGAAAUGCCCUUCUUCCUCAGCAUCUCCAGAACCAAAUAACCCUCACGUCUACCAAGAGAUUCUCGAGGAAAUCAAAGCUGAAAAUAUUCAACAGAUUUACAGAGAUUUAUUACAGUUCCCUAGAGAAGAAGAUACAGAUGUUGCAAUGAACAUUCUGGCUCAGUGGACUUCUCAUGGCCUUGAAGAUGUUCAGCUAGCAAAUUACUCUGUUUUGCUUGACUUACCGGGCUCCUCUUCAAACACAGUAACUUUGAAAAACAGCGGUGAAUGCUUUUAUCCUAGUGGACAACAGUGCAACAGAGAGACCAAAAAGCUUCAUGCUCGAGACCUCCUGUACUCGUAUGCAGCGUACUCUGCCAAAGGAACUCUUGAGGCAGAGCUUGUCGAUGUGCAAUAUGGGACUGUGGAAGACUUGGUCCGGAUUCAAGCCAUUACAAACGUGACCAAAAAAAUAGCACUUUUGAAGCUAGGACAAUCACCUUUGCUCUAUAAGCUUUCUCUGUUAGAAGACGCAGGGUUUGGCGGUGUUCUUCUUUACAUUGAUCCUUGUGAUUUACCAAAGACUGCAGUACUUGAUGAUAAAGCCUUUAUGGUUUCCUUGAACAGUGGAGGAGAUCCAUCAACACCUGGCUAUCCCAGUAUUGAUGGAAGCUACAGACAAAAUCGAUCAAACCUCACAACGCUGUUAGUGCAGCCAAUUUCUGCAGUGCUUGUCAAAAAACUUGUUUAUUUACCUGAGGACAGCAUCAGAAAAGAUAUGUGUAUUCCCCUUCGACUGCCAGCUACAGAGAAAAAGAUAAUCAAUCUGAAUAUUCAGUCAGUCACAACAUACAAGACGAUUUCUAAUGUUAUUGGAUAUUUAAAAGGAACUAUAUUUCCUGACAGAUACGUCGUCAUUGGUAGUCAUCACAACAGUAUGAAUAGCUAUGGUGGACAAGAAUGGACGGGUAGCAGUGCUAUCAUUACUGCAUUUAUACAAGCUGUGAUGUUGAAAGCUAAGAGAGGCUGGAGACCUGACCGGACCAUUGUUUUCUGCUCAUGGGGGGGAACAUCAUUUGGAAACGUUGGUUCAUAUGAAUGGGCAGAGGAUCUCAAGAGAGUUCUUCAAAGAAAUGUUGUGGCUUACGUUAGCCUCCAUAAUCCAGUCAGAGGCAACUCAACCUUACUUCCUAUUGCAUCACCUUCUCUUCAGCAACUGGCAGCAGAGAGCCAGAGCUUCAACUGUAUGGAAAAGACAAAAUGUCCCAGAUCUAAUGUGAGUUCUGUGCAGAUACAGGGGGAUUCAGAUUAUUUCAUCAACCAUCUUGGAGUACCAGCCACGCGGUUUUCUUAUGAGGACGUCAAAACAUCAGAGAAUUCUAGCUUUCUCUUUGAGGCUCUUUUUCCUGUGCAUACAACAAAAACUGAAGAGCUGGAUCCCUCUUUCAGACUGCAUGAGACCAUUGCUAAGCUAACAGGACACGUGACUUUGCGAAUUGCCAAUGAACCAGUUUUACCAUUUAAUGCCCUUGACAUCGCGCUGCAAGUUCAGAACAAUCUUAAAGGCAGUCAAGUAGACACUCAUCAGUUGCUUGCAGUGGCAGCACGUCUGAGGGACACCGCAGAAUUGUUCCAAUCAGAUGAGAUGCGCCCAGCUAAUGACCCCAAGGAGAGAGCUCCUAUCAGAGUCAGGAUGCUCAAUGAUGUGCUGCAAAGCUUAGAGAAAAACUUUGUGAUUCGGCAAGCUCCUCCAGGACUUUACAGAAAUAUUCUUUACAGACUAGAUGAAAGGACAAGCCAGUUUUCAGUACUGCUAGAGGCACUGGAGCACUGCAAGCUACAUCAGUCAAAUGAGACCAUUGAAGCAGCCUUAUCAGAGGUGCUGAACAGCAUCAAUUCAGCUCAGGUUUACUUCAAAGCAGGACUUGAUGUGUUUGAGACUGCCUUGGCUGGAAAGAAAUGAGAGAAUUCCCAGCAAUCUAGGACGUUUGUUUACAACUUGCAAAACAGAAGUUCGACUCAAACCAGAGGUUCUCUGAGGAUGAAACCUUUCUCAACUUUUCUUUCAGUCGGCGCUUAAAGGUACUGCAAUGCGUGUUUUUGUAAGUAUAAAACAAUCUUUUGCACUGUUCGCAGUAUAUCUCAAAUGUCUUCUUUCUGAAUGUAUAAAACAUAAUGAGAGGGAAUAACACUUAAGAUACGAUUUUUGGAAGGACGUCUGCUGUAUUUUUGUAUGUAAAAAAUGUUUUUAUGACUAAGAGCUCAGUCUUGCAAAGUACAGAGCACAUCCUGCAAUAUGCUGAAGACAUACUUCUGAGACACCCAGAUUUAUAGCCAGCUGAGCUUUCAAUGCUUGCUAUUGAUUCAGACUUCUCAAAUAAUUUGAAAUCUUCACAUAAAUUUUUUUCUCCAAAUUGAAGGAUGUAGCAUUUCCUUGGGUAGCCAAUGCUAGCGUUAAUCAGGAAAUGCUCAAAACACUCUGGUCAGUCUAAUCCAACUUUCUGAAACAAUCUUUACUCCUGUGGAAUAGUAAGAAAUAACUCCAUUCUGGGAACACAGAUGACCUUUCCUAGAAUAUAGGAUCUGGAUUGCAGUCAGGGAGCACAAAGCAAACAUAGUUUAUUCCCUGCUAGAGAGCCAGCAGUAACUUCUGAAGGUACAAGCUGGUGAAGCAUAUUGCAUGGCUAAAACUCAAACCUGUUGUUUCUUGAUGAGUCCAUGUACAAGGGCUAUAAUCACAGCAUUACCUUGUUGGCCAGAAGCAAUCUGUGAAUGAAGGGAUCAGAAGGUUCAGUGUCCUGAACCUCUAAGGGGAUAAUAUGCACGCAUGAGAAUUGCAAGUCUUAAUACUACAACAGUUGAAAUAGUCAAGCUCUGUUGGGUUUAGAGUUUUACAGUCACAGAUGAUUUAGGGGGUGGGGAAUAUCUUCAUGAUCAACCAAUGUGACCGAGGGAACGUAGAUAUGAUUAUCUCAUAUCUUUACUCUUCAUCUGAUAGGCAAGAGUAUAUCGUUAUUCUCUGGCUAAUACAGGUACUGAUUCUGCUUGCUGCAGAGGGAAUUCAGCUUCUGAAGAGACUUUGUGAUUCUAUCAUGCUUGUGUAUCUCCUUGUUUUCCGUAAUUUUUAUUAUUAUAAUACUUAAGUGGUUGGAAUAGUCACAUUUGAGCUGUAUGGUCUUUGUUUUAGUAGUAGUAUUUAGGCAUGUACUGUGCACACUAUAAUUGAAUUGUAGUUUCUAAUAGGUAAGAUUAGCAGCAAUUUUUCCUUAGACUGCCGAUUCCUUCUGGAGUUAACACCUGUGGUCUUAAAUCAGAUAGGCCAGGUACCAUUAAGGGACCAAAAAUAGAGACUAACACCUUCCGAUGUCUUUAAUCUGCCAGAUGAAUUUAAUAACUGCUUCUUGAGUCUGAAUAUGUACAGUUCCCCAAACCUUCCUAUAAUGUAGCCCAAACUGCACUCAUGAAAAAUUAGUGAAGACUUUGGGGAAGAGUAUCCCUUAUGUAUGAUUUCUCCACUAAAACAUUUCUCUUGUUUUCUCACUAAUGUCCUUCUAUAACCACUUCAAAAAUAGCAGACUUCAAAGUACUCUACUGCAAAAAGCACUGCUGUGGUAAAUGUCUGUCUGUUCUCGAGACAAUCAUGUAUUCUCACUGAGGAGAUGAAUCAGAUAAGCUGUUUAGGAACUUAAAUGGAUUAGUUUCAAUGGCAUCUCAUACUUUUAGAUCUCUAAGCUUUUAUUUCAAAUGUUCAGAUCUUACGUUUCUAAGUGAGUGCUCAGUGAUAAUAUUUGGACCAUUAUAGCUUUGGAAAAGGCACUUUUGAUCUAUAUCCUGCCAUUGAUUUUUAAAUACUACCUAUUGACUUAAAAAAAAUUUAUAGUAAAUUAAGCCCCUAAAUACCUGAUUUGUUUCUAACCUAGAAUUUUGCCCAGCCAGCUGUGGAACAUCUAAGGAAACAGUGAAGGAGAGGUGUUAGUAAAUCAUAAUAAUUUACCCAGAUUAAAUUCAUUCCUCUAUUGUGUUGAAACAAAUGCACUACCCUUGAAGGUGGCAGUAUGUUUGCAAAUUGCCUGAAUGAUGUUAAAAAUCUGUUACCUUUUCAUAAGCAUCAACUGCCAGAGACAGCAUAACAAACGCAUUGAUUGCUGAGUAGUCUAGAGUCAUACUCACAGUGACCAGAAAAUGCUUGCAGCUUGCAAUAUUUGUGUGUUGAGACAGUUGAUAAUAAAAGGCUAAGAAGAUUUUGUUAGUGCAUAUUUUAGUGAGUCCAUAAAGAAGCUAAAGUAUAAUCAACUCAGAUGAAUAAUAAGGACAUGAGAGCUGGAUUUUGAGUACCAACCUUAAAAUAGGCAGUGAAUUGCUUUUAUCAUCCGAGAAAAACAAGCCCGUUUUGAUAUACAGUAUCUGUGUAAAUA